GAUGGACUGUUUUUUCUGUUUCCGGUAAACAGGAAGUGUAGUUUUUAGGUAACAAGCUAAUGUUACAUGUUUACAAGGAGCAGUAACGAGUUAUUUUAGCCUGUGUAGCUAACUGAGAAUAACACAAAUGAACAUGAGUUAACACUAAAGCUGUUGACUGGGAACACGGUUAUGAGGAUGACAGUCCUGAACCUGUCCUUCGCUGCCUGUGGCUUUUUAGGGAUCUACCACCUGGGUGCUGUGGGGGCCUUUCUCCGCCACGGGGACCGGCUGCUGGGCUCUCUCCGGGCCUGUGCAGGGGCCUCUGCCGGGGCCCUGGUGGCUGCUGUAAUGAUCACAGCUCCUGACAAGUUAGAGGACUGUAAAGAGUUCACCUACAGGUUUGCUGAGAGCGUGAGGAGGCAGAGGUUUGGAGCAGUCACACCAGGAUACGACUUCAUGCUCGAACUGCAGGACGGGAUAGAACACAUUCUGCCCAGUGAGGCUCACACUCUGGCCUCGGAGCGGCUCUUCAUCUCGAUAACACACUCCAGAAGUGGCAAGAACCACAUCGUGUCCAGGUUUAGCUCCAGAGAGGAGCUCAUAAAGACUCUACUGGCCAGCAGCUUUGUGCCUGUAUAUGCUGGACUCAAACCAGUGGAGUUGAGAGGACAGAAAUGGAUUGAUGGUGGCUUCACUGACUGCCUGCCCAUUCUGCCCGUGGGACGAACCAUCACAGUGUCUCCCUUUGCUGGACGGCAGGACGUGUGUCCUGUCCACAUGGGGCGCUUCAACACUCACCUCAAACUGGCCAACAUGAACGUAGCAUUCUCCAUGGAGAACAUCAAGCGUCUGAACCAGGCUCUGUUCCCCCCCCCUAGCGGAGGCAUGCAGGCUCUAUGUGAGGAAGGCUUCAGUGACGCUGUGAGGUUCCUGAAUAGAGAGGCCUUGAUGAGCUGACAGUGCCAUGAGUUGAUGAAGCAUUACGCCCAGUGCCAUUUACAGAAAUAUGAAUUUUAAUAUUUAUUCCUUGUGUGAUUUCAUUUGUUUUUAAGAAAUU